UCACUGCAACAUUGAAACCCCACAGUGUUGAGAACACCAAGAGAGUAAAAAAGAGUCUUAAUAGUUUUUGCCUUGAUUUUAGGGAUUUUCUGUGAGCGGUUGCUAUGGCGUCCGAGAGUAAUCAGGUGCAAAGGAAAAAGGGAACUGUGAAAUGGUUUAGCGACCAGAAAGGUUUUGGUUUUGUUACUCCAGAUGAUGGCGGAGCGGAGCUAUUCGUACACCAAUCUGGUAUCAGAUCUGAAGGGUUCCGCAGCUUGGCAGACGGUGAAGCUGUGGAAUUUGAGGUUGAAUCUGGCAACGAUGGCCGUUCUAAGGCUGUCGAUGUUACCGGCCCAGAUGGUGCUCCUGUUAAAGGAGGAUCUCGUGACGGUGGUGGCGACCGCUAUGGUGCUGGUGGUGGAUAUGGAGGAGGAGGCGGGAGGUAUGGUGGAGGUGAUGGUGGUUACGGAGGCGGUGGCAGGUAUGGAGGUGAUGGGGGUUAUGGCGGCGGGAGGUAUGGUGGAGGUGGUGGAGGAGGAGGAGGAGCGGGAUGCUAUAAAUGCGGGGAAGAAGGGCAUUUCGCUAGAGAAUGUACCCAGGGAGGCGGCUAUGGCGGAGGCGGUGCUGGAAGAUAUGGUGGUAGCGGCGGUGGAGGUGGAGGCGGCGGAGGCUGCUUCAAAUGUGGGGAAGAAGGGCAUUUUGCUCGUGAAUGCACCAACAGCAGCAACCGCUGAAGAUUGAUGGUGUCAAGGGUGUGAUGUUGCACUCUUUUUAUUUAUGUCAUUUUAAAUUUUGAAUUUUGGUAAAAGGGAUAAACCAUUUACUAUUUUUGAAUGAUCAUGAAUCAUGAUAAUUAGUAUUUGGUUUACUUCCUUGUUAUUGCUUAUGUUUAUUAGGCUAGUAGUACUUUUGUUUUGAAUAUUUUGGCAAUGUAGCUUACUCUUCAUGUAUACUACAUGU